GGCUGGGACCUGAUCCCAAAGGUAGGAGGACUUGGGUUGGCGAGGCCAGUCCAUCGCGGGCCCUCCUCUCGUCCGAACGUACUUUACUUUCUGACCGCUCAUUCAAAUUCCCAUGUGACUAAGAGUCUUAGCCAUUGUUUAGACUUAACCAUUUGUUUCAGUGUUAUUAUACAUCAUAACAUUUAUUCUCAACUAAAAAGGACGGAAUGAAACGAUCCUAAUCAGACAUAAAUAUGAGUUUGUCACACAAAUCUCAUAUUAAGAAUAUUUGUAAUAUUAUACGUAAAGCUCGAUCAGAGUUAUGCUCGUGAUAGUUUUACAGCUGUCAUCUAUUGUCACCGUGUUAUUUCUGCUACUACUUGCUACUUGCUAUUAACAGUAGUAGUAGCAGUGGUGGUGGCAUAGCUCGAAAGGUAGUGCCGCUGGCGCCGUUGGUGAUGGUUACCUUGAACAACGACGCGGGUCACUUCGAACACCUUGCACAGUUACCCUCUGCUCCAGUUCGAGAUCACGUCAGAGUACUACCGUUCUCUCUCUUGCUUUUAUUACAUUGAGAAGAAAUUUCUUUUGAUGACGAGAUCAAGACAGCUUCUCCGUAUCCGUGUCUCAUUCUUUCUCUCUCUUUCUCUAUUUCUCUCUCUCUCUCUCUCUCUCUUUCUCUUUCUCUCUCUGUCUCUGUCUUUCUUUAUCUUUGUAUUACCGAAAUUGAAAGAGAGUGUACAAGUUAAGAGAGUGAUCAAGUUUGACAAGUAAGAAAGAAACCUGUCUUGAGAAGAAGAAGAAGAAGAAAAAGAAGAAAAAGUUUCGGUUGCAAAGAGAUAAGACAUCUGGUCGAACAUACUAUCAAGUUUUUAACAUGAACAGAGACUAUGUAAUAACUUGGCCAUGACAUCGGAUGAUUAACGAUGUAUCAGAAACUUAGCAAGGAUAUUGACAAGAAGAAGAAGAAGAAGUUUGACGGAUUAUGACAGUAACUGAGAUUACCGAUUUUACGAACGAAUUCAGACGGAAAUGAAUGAUAAUCGUAUUCGAUCGUAAAAGGAAAAGCCGACGGUGGAAGGAUUUUUGAAGAAUUUCUUAGAAAUUCUUUUCGCAAAGACGAAGAGUAGAAGGUGUUAAGGAUCUCGAGACAAUAGAAACCGGUAGCAAAGAAAGAAGAAAAAAAGAACGAAGAUUUAAGAAGAUUCGACGAAACAUUCGUGUUGAACUCGAGGGAUCCAAGAAGGAAGAAGAAGAAGAAGAAGAAGAAGAAGAAGAAGAAGAAGAAGAAAAAGAAAAAGAUGUGCGGAUCGAUAAAUCUUCAGUUCGUUUCUCUUAAACGGAGAACGAAAAGGACAAUGAGAGAAAAUUGUUGCACAAGGAUAAGUGUGAGAACGAUGAGAGAGAAGGACAUACGUAUCUUCAAUCUUCUUCGUUAAGAUUUUGAUUUAUAAUAGACAAGACAUACGGCUCUCUGAUUAUCUUUUGAAUUAGCAUCUAUUUGCUAAUAAAGAUCUAACAAUUUCUUCUUCGAGUAGAUUAGAAUGAUCAAGAACAAAGAACACAUAGAUAAUCUUGAAAUAUUUAUCGAUAGAGUUCUCGAAAGUGUGUUGAAAAAAGGAUGCAAAAAAAAAGAAAAGAUUAUAUUUCUUUUUUCUACAAGCGAUAAUUCUUGAUCGAAGAUCGUUUUUAAUUAAGUAACUUGACAGAUAAACCAGAGCAAUAGUCUUUUGGCACGCGAACGGAAAGAGGCUACCGACCUUGCUAAACCAACAGUUCAAACUGAUGAUUCUCUUUUCCAUUUGGAAUCAUCCUCUUCCUCCUCCUCCUCCUCUUCUUCUUCUUUUUCUUCUUCGUCUUCUUCUUUUGCCCCUUCCUCCUUCUCUUCUCUUAUCUUUUCUCUGAUCCUGUUCGUUCUUUUUUUUCAAAAGGAGCUUAGUCACGAGAGACUAAACCUUUCUCUCGAGUAUUUAACCUGGACAAAUAAAUACUCGUGAAGAUCCUGUUAAGUUAGCAAACACUUGAGAAAUGCCAAAUGUGUUGCCGUUUAAGAAGUUUCACACUUUCGCCCUCUUUCGUCGAGUGAAAUACAUCAUCGUCUUUGUUUGAAGAUCGCCAUGAUCUUCUUCUUGAUGUGCUUCGAUCAUCGACUUUGAAUGGAUCUUUGGAAAACGAAAAAUCUAUAAAGAUUUCACGCUCUCUCUCUCUCUCUAUCUAUCUAUCUAUCUAUCUAUCUAUCUCUAUCUUUCUCUCUUUCUUUUAUAUGUAUAUUUAUUUGAGAUAUAUGUGAAAGAUUGGAAAAAACUUUUCUUGUGUGAAGAAAUUAUCAAUCGUGAGAUUAUUGAUGUACUUAAUUGAAAGGAGAAACGUUUUUGGGAUUUGUUUGAAACAUCCGAUUUGAAAGAAGAACGAGUGAUCGAGCAAUCGUGGAAAUUGAUCGUGCUUUUAUCCGUUUGACGAAUUCUAGAUAAAACAAAGUGAUUGUGAUGUAAGAGAUGCGUCGUGGUGACGUCGCGGCAACCGCGAUAGCCCUUCUCAUUCUUGGGCAAAUCCAGGAGCCACGGCAAACAAGGGUGGUCGGAGCGGUGGUCGUCGGCGCAGCAGUUUGUGGGCGAAUUCCGGGAUUGGCUAAGAGUCAAAGAGAACAGUGCAGAAAGGCGCCACACGCGAUGCCUGCUGUCGGUGAGGGUGCUGAGCUCGGUCUUCGAGAAUGCCGACAUCAGUUUAGACAUCACCGAUGGAACUGUUCUCACGUUGCCAACGAUCAGAUCUUUAGUCAUGUCGUCGUAGUAGGAAGCAGAGAAGCAGCUUUCACGUACGCGAUAAGCUCGGCUGGAGUUACAUACGCGGUAACCGCAGCUUGCAGUCGCGGCAAUAUCACGGCUUGCGGUUGCGAACCGGCUAUAAGCAGGACGAGAAAGGAAUUACCUCCGAAUGGUUGGGAAUGGGGAGGUUGCAGUGCAGAUGUCACUUAUGGAAUGAGGUUCGCACGUAGGUUCCUAGAUGCAAGAGAGAUCGAAGGUGAUGCUAGAAGUCUGAUGAAUCUUCAUAACAAUAAAGCUGGAAGGAAAAUCGUGAAAGCUCUUCUUCAAACAGAAUGUAAAUGCCACGGAGUAUCUGGUUCCUGUACCGUGAAAACUUGUUGGAGAACAUUACCCAGUUUUCGUCAGAUCGGUGAUGCUCUUAUGAAAAAGUAUUAUCGAGCUAAGGCGGUCGUUGCUAUCACGCCUCCACCACCGCCCACAAUCCAAAGUUCUGAGAGCAUAUCACACUCGACUACAGCAGAAAUAACACCUAUUCUUGGUAACGAUGCAAAAACUCAAGGGAAACCAACUGAUUUUAUAAAAUCUCAUCGUGAUCGACAAUCUUCAAAAAAAAUGAACAGCGGUGUUAAACCAAGGAGAGCACACUUGGUAUUAAAAAGAAGUAAAGUUAAUACCGGCGGAAGUAUGAUGGGAUCGAAAAGAAUUCCAAAAAGAAGCGAACUGGUCUUUCUUCAACCCUCGCCGAAUUAUUGCGAGCCGGAUUUAGCUUUGGGUAGUUUGGGUACACAAGGCAGAUAUUGUAAUCGAACGAGUAAAGGAACCGAUGGAUGUGAUUUGAUGUGCUGUGGUCGUGGUUAUAACACGCAUCAAUUUACUAGAACUUGGCAGUGUAGAUGUAAAUUUCAUUGGUGCUGUCAUGUACAUUGUGACACGUGUACCGAACGUACGGAAGAAUACACUUGCAAAUGAUGUAAAUAUUUACUUCUCGAGACAAAAUUUUCCUUAUGUAAGUGUGUUACAGAAAAAUAUUGAACAAAUAUCGAGUGAUCGAUG